GUUCCGCUGCUAUACUGCAACUCAGCUAAAGUUCUUGAAGUUUUAUUUUUAAAUAUUAUGCAGCGGCCGAAAUCUGGGAAACGCUCACGAUCACCUAACGACGACACAUUGAACAAUAAUAAAAGUCAAAGUAAAGUACUCGUUACCCAGAAAAUAAGCGACAACUCAAAUCCAGAGAAAAUGAAGCAAAUUCAUGAGAAAACUCACAAGCUACUGUUUGCGGCUGCCGCUGCCACCCCAGAUGACGGUGCCAUCAUCAUCGCUCCACCACCUGAGCAGUUUAGGCUGUAUGGACUUACAGGCAACGGUGGUAUUACCAUUCGCAACUUGGCAAACGAUGUCAUAAAUCCGGGGUUAGAGCGCAGGCGCUCGCGCUGCUGCCAGCGUUUGACCCUUAUACACGACCGUUGUGGCAAUUGCACUGAUGACCUGUGCGAGGAGUGCGGAUACUCGUGUCGCGAGUGUUCCACGUUCAUUUGCCGCGCUUGCGUUACCGUAUUUGGAAGCAAUCCCGAAGAGGCCGACGAUCCGUUGUGCGAGCGCUGCCAAAUGUAUUUCGCUUAGGUCCGUCAUCCGUGAAUCGGGCCCGGUUGCUUCCCCUCCACACACACUGCACACCUACACACUCAUCAUGUUCAAGGACCGGGGAAGUUGAAACUGGGCUUCGAUUCACGAACACAAACAAACAUACACAUACAUACAUACUUCAUGUAAAUAAAUAAAAAACUGGUCAUGGAAUCCACCACAGAGCCACCACCACACUAUACAAAUAAACACCUUCCAAAGAAUGAGUGGAACUUUCUCAGGAUUCCGGACCAGGCUUUUUAUAAACACUUGUAAAACACGUA